AUGCACCGCGACUACCCCUACGACCUCAACAGAAUACGGCGCCAGCCGCCCAAAAACGCCAGCGGGAUGUCGUAUUAUCACAAGUACAACAACAACCAUAUCCCAGGGUCCGGCGCGCCGAACGGCGUCAACCGCGACAACAACACCCCAGGCGGACACAAUAGUUUGCCUCCGCCCCCCCAACAUCCGCCCAUGGGUCCUCCCCACCCACCCAUGCAGCAGCAGCAGCAGCAGCAACAACAGCAACAGCAGCAACACCAUCACAACCUCAACAUCCCCGGUGGGUUUCACCACCGCGGUGGUGGCGGGAACGGGGGCGGCGGCAACAUGAAGCAACAGCAACAGCAGCAGCAGCAACAACACCACAACCAAGACAAGCACAUGAUGAACGUGAACGGCUGCAACGCCAAGUCGCACAUCAGCAAGAACAAAAAGAAGGCGGACAAGCGCUACUCGUGCUGCUACUGCGCCUGGUCGGGCGUGGACAACUGGUGCCUGAAGCGCCACCUCAACACGCACCUCAAGCCGUUCGUGUGCGUGCUGUGCGACUACAAGGCGGCGCGCUCCGAGCGGCUCGCCACGCACGUGCUCAAGGUGCACAACAAGCGCGCGUGCGGCCGCUGCAACUUCCUGGCCGACGACCAGACGCAGCUGUCGCAGCAUCUGCAGGAGCACCAGCACCAGGGCUCUGGCGGUUCCUUCUCCUACGGUGCUCCGACGGCGGCAGGCGGAUCAGCGCAGCGGCAGCAGGCGGCGGCGGCAGCCGCGGCGGCAGUGGCAGCCACAACGAGGACUAUGGCCACGGCGGGCACGGCGGCGCAGGACGGCGUAGCGGGCACGCGCGGCCACGCGGGGCACGACGGCUACGGCACCCCCGCGCCGUCGCCGCGCUCGCCGCGGCCCUACGGCGCCGCCCGCCUCUUCAACUACCUCGAAGCUUCCGACGCCUCGGACGAGGAGGAGGACGACGACGCGGACGUGGACGGCGACGCGGACGGGGACGUGGACGGGACCCCGAACGGCGACGAGGAGGAGGACGACAGCAUGAGCGCGCCGCCCAUGCCAUGGACGAACGAGCCCGACGACCCCACGCCUACGUGUCCACAGCUGCGGCUGCGAGUUCGCCGACGACGACUCGCUCGGAGAUCCACCGGCAUGGCCUACCACGCUUCAGCGCCGGGAGCAGCUACGCCGGCAGCUCGUACGGCGCCAACAGCUACGCCGGCCGGCGCACCAUGCGCCUGCGCCGCGUCAUCCGCGCCGCAUCACGCUGUCCGAGCGCAACGCCAAGACCUCCUACACGUGCAAGCGUGUGCUCAAGGAGCUGUUCACGCAGGUGGCCAUGAUGGAGCACAUGCGCGAGCACACGGGCCCGCUGCCGGCUCGGCGAGCACGUGCUGCCGAGCACGUGGCGCGGCGCACCAGGACGGCGCGCCGCGCUGCCUGCACUGCGGCCUGUGCGGGCUGACGGGCGACGGCUGCGCGCACACCGACAUCCACCACGGGGGCCCGCCCUCCGUCGCCAACGGCGGCUCGUCCAGCAAGCGGCGCAAGCAGAGCCAGCCGCGCCGCCUGCCGCCGAGGACGACGCGCCGACGGUGCGCGUGCGGCGGCGCGGCUGGUGACGCGGCGCGCGUGCGGCGGAGGCGCCGGCGGCGGUCGCGGUCACGCGGCGCGCUGCGGGGCGUGCGCGCGGGCGCGUGCGGCGGCGCACGGUGCUGCGCUCGCGCGCGCCGCCGCCGCGUCGUCCGGCGCGCGUCGCCGGCGCCGCUCCACGACGCGCGGGCCCAAGAACACCCCGGAGGUGCAGCGGCUGCGGGACAAGCACGCCGGCGCGUUGCUGGCGCGCGGCCGCCGCCGCCUGCCGUGGUGCCGCCACAUGCACGCCGUCACCUUCCCGUACCACACGGCGGCGAGCCUCGGCCUGCACGACAUGUGGGGCACGCGCGCGCCGUGUUCCAGUGCGAGCACUGCGACCUGCGCUUCCGCCACCGCUACCAGGUGGUGCUGCACGCCAGCCGCGAGCACGUGCGCGCCAACGCGCCCGUCGAGCCCGCGGCCAUCGUGGUGCCCGUGGUGCCCGCCAACGUGUGCGAGCCCAUCCUGUCAGUGCCUGAGCCGUUGAAGGAGCCGCCGCCCAUCUUGUGCGACAUGCCGAAGCGUACCUGCCCUUCCGCCUCCUCCUUCCUUCUCGAACAUGCAAGUACCUGAUUCGCUUGGCGCCCCUGGGCGACAAGGUCCCACAUGCCACAGGACGUGAACCUGCGCGAACGGCCGUGUCCCAUGGAAGACUCGCCCAACGCUCAACACGCCCCGCACCGCGUCUGCGCCCCCGCGCCUCCGUGGCCCCGCCCCCCGCUCCCGCCGCCUCCCCGCCCGCCGCGUCCUAGGCCGUCGGUCUGUACCCGUGGGGACCCGGCGAGACGGCCGUCCGUUCGCGCCUGUACGAACCCAGCCCGCUUCCUUCAUCCGCGCGGCCGACGGACCUGGGUUACUUACUUAUGCCCGAACACGCCACGGACACGGACAAACGGGUGAGACGUAGAUCUACUUCGGUUAGGCUUUUCGAGUGUACUAUCGGCUGUGACGGUCUCCACCAGCGUCGCCGGCAGCGGACGACGCGAGAGGCGUAGGUUCCAGGGCCGGGAGCUCGACUGCGCGUCGCGCAGUGGCGGUGGUCGGCGGCGGCGACCCCUCGGGGGGUCGUCCCCCGUGCCCCCGGCGCGCUCCUCCAUCCCCGUCGCCCUGCCCCCAUCCCCACCCGCCCAACCACCGCAACCGGGUUCUUUCCAUGAUACAGGCGACUUGAGGCCGGCAGCCCGCGCCGUGGCCAAGGACCUCACAGAAGCGUCGUCGUGGUGUUUAUGUGUAUUCGUCUUUUUCUUUGUGUGUCACCGUGUUCGGAAUGAGAAAUAAAUACGUAGAUUUUGAUAUCACGAGUUUUACAUAGCUAUCUUGCAUUCAUUGACCCCUUGCUAUGUUUUACAUUCAGAUCUGAAUAUCAAUGUAGAGAGAUAUUUUGUUCAUAAACGUUUUGUUAAUCUUUUCUUCAUUGAUAUGAUCUCUAGAAAAUUUAUUAUAUAGAUCAUAGGUUUUUGUAAUCAGUGCCGGAUUUCCCAAAAGGCUGAAUAGGUUGUUUCCUUGUAAGGGGCUCGUGAUUUUCGGGCCUCGAACUCUCGGCACCAGAUAUAUUUUUAAACGUGCAUUAUGAACGCAUGUGAAAAUUUAUUUAGAAUAACUUCAUAAGCCAUUCGUUGUUAUAAAUGCAAAUAUAAAAUUUUUAUUGACGUUUCGCAUUGAACUGCGUGAAACUUGUAAGAUAUAGCUUUAUACCGAUUCAGAAUAUUCGAUCUCAGUGCUGCAGGUUAAAAGAUGCAACUAGUUCCAUUUUAUCGGCUUGUUAGUUUUAUUCUGCAAUGCUGAGUCCGAUAACUGGAGUCGGAUACUUCAAACAAUUGUAUUCAACAUAGAACAAACGACAAAUUAUAUUUUUGAAAUCGAAUUACUCUUUUAUUUAUCGAGAAUUAACCUCUAUAGUUUAUAUUUUAUUAAUAUCGUUGUUUGGGCGCAUUUCGUCCGUUCUGUAGUUCACAAAAUAUGCAUCACAAAUUUCACACCUACAUUUCUAAAUUUGAGCAUUCUUUUGGGUCUUUUAAUCUUAUGUCCAAAGUAUUCCAUCAAAUCCUAGAAUUUAUAUAUAUAAAAAAGAACAAUAGGUCUCUUUCAAUUAUUCCUUCCAGCCUAAACGCUCACAAUAGGUAAAUCUGGCACUGCUUGUAAUGAUCAUUAUCUGGUAUGUCGUUUGCCAUCGAGUCACUUAUAUUUUAAAUCCACUUUUGUACAUUUUGUCGUUAUUGUAAGUCAUUGAUACUAAAAUAAGAUUUUUUUAAAAACUUGAAAAGGCAUUUUAGAAACUGGUCAGAUGUUUUCUGACGCAUAUAAUAUACAGGAAUCAUGAAUGUUAAAAUGUUUUUGAAUUAUUAUUAAAUGUUUGAAUGAAGUUUUUUGUUGGAGUAAAUUCAUGUUUUGUAAAAAUAGGCCAAACAGCUGAUGUUUUUUGUAAAGAUUAUGCUUCUCUGCUUCAUCGUUGUAUGUUUAUAAGAAGUAUGGUUUGAUGUUUCUCCUGUAGCCAGGGGCGUACAGGAUGGGAGUGAGGUGAAAGAACAUUUGACGACCGUUCCCUGUACAAAAUAGCAAAGCAAAGGUAGUGAUUUUAUUCACGUUAGAAAUCUGUAUUUAACAUACUGUCAGUAGAUUCAUAUGACUAUGGGAAACAUAGACCCUCUGACUUGUGCCAAACUUGAUGUUGGUUUAGCAAUGUACUGUGUGUCCUCAGCUCCUCCUGAAACGUCGUAUUUCCUAGUACGCCCUUGCCUGUAGCCAGAACUGGUUCAUGAUAUAUGAAAUGAGUGUACAGUUGGUUAAGCUGAUUAUUUCUAUUUACACUGUUUUAUUAGGCUGAUAAUCUUUACUUUACAUUGAUGUUAUUAUUUUUCAUUUAAAAUGUAUGUUUACAUCUCCGGAUAAAAUGUAAAAUGAUUAUUCUAGGAGAUUAUCUUGUGUAGAGCAUUUGCAUAGCAGCAGUGUUCUGGAGCUCCAAAGAUUUCAAAGUUCACUAUGUACUCAAAACAUUUUACAGCAUGCACCAAUGGACACAUGAAUUAUUUUUGCAUAAGUUGUAGAAAAGAAUAACAUUUCAGUCACAAAUGUUCAUGUGGGCAUUACACAAAUACAUUCUUGGUACAUGUUCUUUUAUAAUUUCUUGAAAAUAAAGUGAACUUUAUUAAUACAGAAGCUGUUUUUUAUUGUUAUUCAGUGACUGCAUUGAAAGGGUUGUUUGCAUUUCUCAAUUCCAGGAAGAAGUAUUUUUUAUACUUUGGCAUGUAUGUUGAGAACUGGAAAACGUGAUCAGUGAUGUAAAACUAAACUGUAUCAUCAAUUUUUGAAUAAAAUACCCAGGUACUAUCCACCUUUGUCAUGUUACGUUUGAUGAAAGAUUUAAGUUUGAUGCAAUUUAUUAGGUACAGG